AUGUCAAGCGUCAGUCAGUCCAGCAAUCCCGAGAAGGUGUGGAAUGGCUCUGCUGUAUCAUAUCGACCCCAACAUCAGGAGUGGCCAUACGUCCAAGCAGAUUUCAAACGCAUGGACGAAAGCCCAGACAACUCAUUCUAUAGCGACAGUAGAUUUGUCACACACAUCGACGAUGCUGCCAUAGCAAGCCUCAGGAGAUAUUAUGACACCGUCUUGCCACGAAAAGGCCGAAUUAUGGAUCUUUGUAGCUCCUGGAUCAGUCAUUUCCCACAAGCCGUCGAGAAGGCAGCAACACAGGGUGAACUCAAGGUUGUUGGCCUAGGAAUGAACCAUGCCGAACUCGAGAAGAACCAGGUACUCUCCAAAAGGAUACUUCAAGAUCUGAAUGAGGACCCGAACAUUCCCCUCACUGUGUGCGGAGAGCACGCUGUCAGUGGACUCCAAAGUGCAGACAGUGUCGACAGUGAGAGUGGUUUGUUGGAUUGUACAACUUGCGUUGUGAGCCUGGAUUACUUGACUCGCCCGAAAGAGGUCCUCGAGAGCGUCAGGCAGUUGACAAAAUCAGGCGGAAGCUGUCAGAUCAUCGUAUCUUCAAGAAUGUUUCCGACCAAGGCCACAAGCGCCUGGAUCAAGAGGACACCAGAACAGCGUCUGCAGAUGAUUGGAGAUUACCUCCACUUCGCUGGUUGGAAGGACAUUGAGAUUAUCGAUAUAAAGGCAGGGGAUGUUGCAAAUGCCCCAGCCGAAGAUCAAGGCGGAUUGCAGGGCUUCAUGCAAAUGAUGGGCAUGAGUGGAAGUGAUCCGUUGUGGUGUGUUCGAGCCUUCAAGCGAGACUAG